AUGACUGAAAAAGCCACGGCGUUGGUCCAGUCGAUCCGCGGCUCUCAACGAUCGCUCGAAUUCACCAAUGACGAACAUUUGGAGACGUUUUGGGUUGCAGUGCGACGACACUGGCCUGCAGUGACUUGGGGAUUGCUUAUGAAUCUGCGAACCUACGGCUACCAGCAUGAAGGAACACACAUCAUCGCCGCCCCGUGGCUGUCGGCCCUCAACUACGCCACGCUCCUCGGCGCCAUCAUAGGAGCUCUCCUGUCGGGACUGGCCUACGAUCGCUUCGGCCCACGCGUGAUGAUCACCAUCUGCUCAGGCCUCUCCACUGGCUUCAUCUUCGUCCAGUACUUCAGCCACACGCCCGCCCAACUGUUCGUUGGCGAGCUGGUGAACGGCUGCAUCAUCGCCUUCUACCCGAUGUGCGCCUCCGCGUACGUCGGCGAGGUCACCACGCUCGUGCUGCGCGGGUUCAUCGCUACAAUGACCAACCUCACCUUCUCGAUUGGUUCGCUCAUUGCCUCGGGGAUCCUCAAGGGCACAGCGGCCAUGGACACCACGUGGUCGUACAAGAUCCCCAUCGCGGCGCAGUGGGCGCUCCCGACGCAAGGCCGGGACGACGCCGCGACCGUGUCGCUGCGUCGGCUGACCACCGCACCUGGGGCCGAGGUCUACGUGGCUCGCAAACUGGCGCAUAUCUGGGAGACGUUACGGCUUGAGGAACUUCCAGGGCGACUGAGCGAUGUAUCGGGAGUGUUGCCGCGGACCGAAUCCCCGCCGGCUGGUGACCUGCGUGAUGGCGUACAAUAUGCAGGCGUUCACAGGGAACGUUUUUUUCAUCAACUACGCCGUGCAUUUCAUGGAGAUGGCGGGGCUGGACGCCUCGCAUGCGUUCUCGAUGAACAUUGGUCUGACGGCGAUCGGGCUGGUCGGGACGUGCCUCUCGUGGUUUCUGGUGUCGUACAUCGGCCGUCGGACAAUGUAUUUGUUCAGCUGUGCGACGUUGAUGAUCAUGCAGCUCGCGAUCGGGGUGAUCGAUCUUGCUCCGCGCCGGACGAGUACGAUCUGGGCGCAAUGCGGACUUAUGCUCGUCUGCAAUUUCGUCUACGAUCUGACGCUUGCUCCGUUCUGCUACGUGCUGCUGGCGGAAGUCUUUGUUGA